AUGAUUUUGGAAAUGCUGAACCCAACGCAUUAUAACAUCACCAGCAUGGUGCCUGAAGCCGUGCCUGUGGCGACCAUGCCAAUCCUGCUGCUCACUGCCUUUCUUCUCUUGGUUUGGAAUUAUGAGGACACAACCUCCAUACCAGGUCCUGGCUAUUGUAUGGGCAUUGGUCCCCUCAUUUCACAUGGCAGAUUCCUGUGGAUGGGGAUUGGCAAUGCCUGCAACUACUACAACAAGAUGUAUGGAGAAUUCAUGAGAGUCUGGAUAUGUGGAGAGGAAACACUCAUUAUUAGCAAGUCCUCAAGUAUGUUCCACAUAAUGAAGCACAGUCACUACAGCUCCCGAUUUGGUAGCAAACUUGGGUUGCAGUGCAUUGGCAUGCAUGAAAACGGCAUCAUAUUUAACAAUAAUCCAGCCCUCUGGAAAGCAAUCCGACCUUUCUUUAUAAAAGCUCUAUCUGGCCCUGGCCUUGUGCGGAUGGUGACAAUUUGUGUUGAAUCCAUCAAAACACAUCUGGACAGGUUGGAGGAGGUCACCAGUGAGGCGGGAUAUGUCGAUGUGUUGACCCUCAUGCGGCGCAUCAUGCUGGACACCUCCAACAUGCUAUUCUUGGGGAUCCCCUUGGACGAAACUGCCAUCGUGGUUAAAAUCCAGGGUUAUUUUCAUGCAUGGCAAGCUCUCCUUCUCAAACCAGACAUCUUCUUUAAGAUUUCUUGGCUAUACAAAAAAUAUGAAAAAUCUGUCAAGGAUUUAAAAGAUGCUCUAGAAAUUCUAAUAGAAGAAAAAAGACACAAAAUUUUCGCAGCAGAGAAACUAGAAGACUGCAUGGAUUUUGCCACUCAGUUGAUUUUUGCCGAGAAACGUGGUGACCUGACAAGAGAGAAUGUGAACCAGUGCAUAUUGGAAAUGAUGAUUGCAGCACCUGAUACCAUGUCGGUCUCUGUGUUUUUCAUGCUAUUUAUCAUUGCAAAGCACCCUAAGGUUGAAGAAGCAAUAAUGAAGGAAAUCCAGACUGUUGUUGGUGAAAGAGACAUAAGGAUUGAUGAUAUACAAAAGUUAAAAGUGGUGGAAAACUUCAUUUAUGAGAGCAUGAGGUACCAGCCUGUCGUGGACUUGGUCAUGCGCAAAGCUUUACAAGAUGACAUAAUUGAUGGCUACCCAGUGAGAAAGGGGACUAACAUUAUCCUGAAUAUUGGAAGAAUGCAUAGGCUUGAGUUUUUCCCCAAGCCCAAUGAAUUUACUCUUGAAAACUUUGCGAAGAAUGUUCCUUACAGGUAUUUUCAGCCAUUUGGUUUUGGGCCCCGUGGCUGUGCAGGGAAGUACAUCGCCAUGGUGAUGAUGAAAGCCAUCCUGGUUACACUUCUGAGACGAUUCCACGUGCAGACAAUGCAAGGAGGGUGUAUUGAAAACAUGCAGAAAAAAAAAUGACUUGUCCUUGCACCCAGAUGAGACUGGCGACUUGCUGGAAAUGAUUUUUACCCCAAGAAAUUCAGACAAGUACCUCAACCACUAAAGAAAACUGGUCUCAGAGAACUGGGAUGUGUAUAUUCUUAGAGAAAUGUAUGCAUAGAAGAGCUCUAUCACUGUCGAAUUGUGAGGACAACUGUAGCCUCCUAUCCUCAGAUGUACUGGACAUCC